AUGAAAACAACAGUAAUGACAGCAUUAAUGAUUGUGUGUCUUUCAUUUUCACACACAUAUACGCGCAUGCAUACGGAAAUCAAUAUCGAGAGACACAAGCGAAUUGAAAUGAAUGGAGGAAACAAAAGGAAAAAAAAACAAACAAAAGAUGGCGAUCAAAAAGAAAAAAGUGAACGAAUGAAUGAACGAACGAAUCAAUCAAUAAAAGCUCCCCAAGGACGGUUUCAUAAAUUCUGCAUGAAGCCAACAUUGGAACAAUCACUACCGAUUCAUGUAUUAUUUAUUUCUCUUCACCCUCCUCUCUUCUUCCACCAUGUAACAUUUCGUUUAAUCAUUCAUGCGCUUUUAUCAUGUGGAAGAGGGAUUAUUACCCCUUUUCUUUAUUUCACACACAUCAAUACACGCAUAUGUGUGCGUGUACGGAAAAGCAUAUAA